AUGUGUCUGAUAUCUUUACCGGAAUUCUCUUUUCUUUUCCUUUUCUUUUUUAAUAUUUUCCGGAAUUCUUUCCGGAUCAACAUAUUUUUUUUUAUUUCUCUUCCUGUAUUUGACGUUUCCUCAUUUCUUCCGGAAUUUUACUGUAGACAACGCAAAAAUUAA